UGGGGGCGCCUUGGGCAUAUGUGUGUGUGAGAGGGACUGGCAAGGAGGCCGGGAAGGGGCUGGUCCCCACAUGGCUAUGGAUGGAGGAGCCUACCUCUCUUCUCCAUCUGGCUUGGGGAGGGGCAUAGGACAACUGAUCCCUCCCCUCUGCCAGGCACACACUGUGCCACUGCGUAGCUCUGUGCACUUUUCUCCCUGCCCCUUUCCCUGCUGUGUCCCUUCCUGUUCUGCAGUCCCAGGGAGGGUCCUUCCUUUGGGCUCUGUGCUACCCUUUCUUUUGAUAGGCUGAGGAGAAGGGGAUAGGCCUGGCUAGGAGCAGCUGCAAUACAAGACCAGAAAGGUUCUGUGUCACACUGGUAUCAACAUCGGUGUGUGCAUCCACGUGCUAAGAGGUGGGGGGAGUGAUUCAUUUCAGAUGAGAAGCAGGCCUUGGAUAAGUGAUGGGCAAUCUCCUCAGUUGUGGCUUUCUGUGAUGCCAUUUCCCCUUGGUAGCAAAACUUCUCCAUGAUCUUGAGGAGCUCAGUUGAUUUAAUACUAAGUAGUGGGAAUAUGGCCUCUUCAGAUUUGGAAGAUUUAUGCUCUCACAUCAACACAAAGAUUUUAACAAUCAAAAAGACUCUUCAGUUAAGAAACAUGGGUCAGGAGCCAUCCUUGAAAUCUGUGCUCUGCAAAAUAGGGCAUGAGAUGUUUCUCGCAAAUGAACUCCUAAAUAAAAUGGAAAUAGAAGUUGAGAAACAAGAAAGACUAAAGAAUUCACUUAAGGAGAUGCAGAAGUGUAUUGAGAGGGACUAUAAUGAAGCACAGCACCUUCGUGAAAAUAUUCCUCCUCAUCUGCCCAAAGCAGUCCCAAAGUGCACUGUGGGACUAACUGUGAAAUCUGAAGAACAAAGUAAAGUUACUGAACAUGCAAAGAAACCCACAAGAGAGCCAAAGUUUAUUAAAGAAGCACCCUUAAUAACGACACAGGAAUUUGAAGAUGUUCCAGCGUACAUGCGGGGUCGUUUAACAUAUGAUCAAAUUAAUGGAGUUGUUCAAGAUUUGAACAAGGCAGUGGUUAGCAAGUAUAAGAUCUUACAUCAGCCAAUGAAAUCUAUGAGCUUUGCUGUCAGAAAUCUGUACCACAGAUUCUUGGAAGAAGAAACCAAGGAUACUAAAGGCGAAUUUUUUAUCGUGGAGGCUGAUAUAAAAGAGUUCACACAACUGAAGGUGGAUAAGCGCUUUCACUGCAUUCUGAACGUCCUUCGGCAUUGCCAGAGAGUGCGGGAAGUCCGUGGCUCACGACUUGUCCGUUAUGUUAUCUGCUAAUAUGGUUUUGGACUUGAUUUUGCCCAGGGUGAAGAGCACAAAUAUUUUUUGUUAGGCAUAAAGAUUUGGUUGCUUUCAGAAAGUCAAAGACACUAUACACUGAAAUUUCCUGCUCAGCUAAUUGAUUUUCUAAACAACAGUUUAGUUGUUGAAGUUGUUUUUU